UCGCGACAAUGAUUAUUCUCAACAAAUCAUAAGGAUAUUGGAACAUUAUAUUUUAUUUUUGGAGCCUGAGCUGGAAUGGUAGGAACUUCUUUAAGAAUUCUUAUUCGAGCAGAAUUAGGACAUCCAGGAGCAUUUAUUGGAGACGAUCAAAUUUAUAAUGUAAUUGUUACAGCCCAUGCUUUUAUUAUAAUUUUCUUUAUAGUUAUACCUAUUAUAAUUGGUGGGUUUGGAAAUUGAUUAGUUCCUUUAAUAUUAGGAGCUCCUGAUAUAGCAUUCCCCCGAAUAAAUAAUAUAAGAUUUUGAAUAUUACCACCAUCAUUAACUCUUCUUAUUUCUAGUAGCAUAGUAGAAAAUGGGGCUGGAACAGGAUGAACGGUAUACCCCCCUCUUUCAUCAGGAAUCGCCCAUGCUGGAGCAUCAGUAGAUUUAGCUAUUUUUUCAUUACACUUAGCAGGGAUUUCUUCAAUUUUAGGAGCUGUAAAUUUUAUUACAACAGUAAUUAAUAUACGAUCACCAGGAAUCACAUUAGAUCGAAUACCUCUAUUUGUGUGAUCAGUUGUAAUUACAGCUAUUUUACUAUUACUAUCUUUGCCUGUACUAGCAGGAGCUAUUACUAUACUUCUUACAGACCGAAAUUUAAAUACUUCUUUUUUUGACCCAGCAGGAGGAGGAGACCCAAUUUUAUAUCAACAUUUAUUUUGAUUCUUUGGUCACCCAGAAGUUUAUAUUUUAAUCUUGCCUGGAUUUGGUAUAAUUUCUCAUAUUAUUACACAAGAAAGAGGAAAAAAGGAAACCUUUGGAAACUUAGGAAUAAUUUAUGCAAUAUUAGCAAUUGGGCUAUUAGGGUUUAUUGUAUGAGCUCAUCAUAUAUUUACAGUAGGAAUAGAUGUAGAUACACGGGCCUACUUCACUUCAGCUACAAUAAUUAUUGCGGUACCAACCGGAAUUAAAAUUUUUAGUUGAUUAGCAACACUUCAUGGAACUCAAUUAACAUAUAGCCCAGCUAUACUUUGAGCCUUUGGAUUUGUUUUCUUAUUUACAGUUGGGGGUUUAACUGGAGUCGUAUUAGCUAACUCAUCAAUUGAUAUUGUAUUACAUGAUACUUAUUAUGUAGUCGCACAUUUUCAUUAUGUCCUAUCAAUAGGAGCAGUAUUUGCUAUUAUAGCAGGAUUUGUUCAUUGAUACCCAUUAUUAACAGGAUUAACUAUAAACCCAACUUGAUUAAAAAUUCAAUUUUCAAUUAUAUUUGUUGGGGUAAACUUAACCUUUUUUCCUCAACACUUUUUAGGAUUAGCUGGAAUACCACGACGAUACUCAGACUUCCCUGAUAGUUAUUUAACAUGAAAUAUUAUUUCUUCAUUAGGUAGAACAAUUUCAUUAUUUGCUAUUUUAUACUUUUUAUUUAUUAUUUGAGAAAGUAUAAUUACACAACGAACACCUAGUUUCCCUAUACAACUAUCUUCGUCAAUCGAAUGAUACCAUACAUUACCUCCAGCUGAACACACUUAUGCAGAACUUCCAUUAUUAACUAAUAAUU